UGCUGUGGUACAAACUCUCUUCUUUCUGACAGGAAGCCUACUAGACAUGGCCCGGCUGGAUGUGACUGAGACUGUCGAGGGCGUCUUCUUCCCUGGACACCUGCACACCCAGGACUCCCUGCAGCAGGCCCGGGGCUUUCACUUCCAGGAUUCGGACACACUCAUCGUCACUUACCCCAAGUCAGGCACCACGUGGAUGCAGGAAGUGGUGACUCUAGUAAGUAGGCGAGGGGAUCCCCAGAAGUCCCAGACUGUGCCUAACUGGGAGCGGGCGCCCUGGCUGGAGCAGUACUACAGCAGCCAGGUGGUAGGGGCCUCCCAGGGCCCACGUCUUCUCACCACACACCUGCCAUACAGCUUUCUGGGAAACGCGUUGCAGGGCUCCAAAGCCAAGGUGAUCUACGUGAGCAGGAACCCCAAAGAUGUGGCAGUCUCUUUUUACCACUUCCACAAGAUGGCUAACUUCCUCCCUGAGCCUGGUUCCUUUAAAGACUUUCUGGACAGGUUUCUGGAAGGCACAGUUCACUACGGAUCUUGGUUUGAUCAUGUGAAAGGCUGGACCAGUCAAGUCGACCUUGUGGACAAUUUCCUUUAUAUCUCCUAUGAAGAGAUGUGGCUGGACCUGCGAGGGUCCAUAGAGAAGGUGAGCGCUUUCCUGCAGCAGCCCCUAGUGGACGAGGAGCUCAAACGCUGCCUCUGUCACUGCAGCUUCAGCAGCAUGAAGGAGAACCGUAUGGUGAACUAUACCCUGGUCCCUCAGGACAUCAUGGACCACAACAAGGGAACCUUCAUGAGGAAAGGUCAAAUUGGAGACUGGAGAAACACCUUCUCAGAAGAGCAGAACUGUCACUUCGACACGGUUUUCAGCACCAAGAUGAAGGACUGUCUUCUGAACUUUGUGUGGGAAGGGCCUGUGAGGGAAGGUGUUUCCUUAUGAGAGGAGACGUUCUGAGGAUGAAAAGCCCCUGGAGACAGCAAAGCCAGCUGUCCUCCACUCAGCCUACUACCUGGUCUCAUCCAGAUCACAUGGACAUUACGAGGGGAGCCUGAUUUAAUACAGCUGAUUGGUUACUGCCCUUCAUCUCUUCUUUACUACAGCUGCAGAAUUUCUCAGAUAAACUUUCACUGAUUCCCUUAGUUUCCCUUAGUUUUUUCAAAUUAAUUUGGUUUUAAAAGGAUGAUUUGUUAUUUGUAAUACCCAGACCCAAAGCAACUACUUUCUUAUUUCUGAAAAUCACAACCUUUCAAACCAUUAAAAAACUUUUUUAUUAAUGUAAA